UUGAUUAAAAAAUUCCAUUAUUUGCUUUUGCGUUUUCAAUAUUUACCCAUUCGUUCAAAUGGGUUAUAAGAUUUGCAUUAUGAGAGAUCGUAUUUCUUCCAUACUUUUGUUAUAUAAAAAUAUACAAGUAAAAAAAAAGCAUUACUUUAUCAUUUUAUUAGAGAUGUCAACUAGAUUUCAGCUUCUUUACAUAAUGGAAACUAUAUCCAAAAGGACAGAAUUCUGCCCAUAACAAGGGAACAAACAUAGAAAAUAAUAAUUAUAAUGUAGUGUGAUAGUGAUUCCUAUUUAUUAAGUCAGAAUUUUCAGAUAGGUCAACAAUAAAUUUAGAAUACUGUUAGUCAAAACUAUUUUUAAAAAUUCAAAUCGUCUUUACAAGAUUGCACUAGAAAAAUCGGGAAAUCACAGAGAAUUUUAAAUUUCUUGGUUUUUUUCCGUCUAAAAAAAUGUUUUUCCUGUCUUUAAACAUUGCAAGAGUAAAAGAUCAUCACUAUAGAUAAAAAAACUAAACAUCAUUCACUAUUGUUUAAGCACAGAAGCUGAUUCUUUUUCUUCUUGCUCUCUUUUUCCUCUGCACAGAUCAGUCAAAUUUCCAAGAUUGAUCAAUAAUGCCUAUAUUGGAAUAGUGACGACAGAUACUUGACUGCUAGUAGGGCUAAUGAAACUGAAAAAAGGAACUUUUUAGCCGAGUGUUUUAUGUUUGUGAAGAAUACUGCGCAAAAAAUAUUUAAAUGCAUCUCAAAUUUUGCUAUUUUAAUAGUUUUCACUUGUUUAAAUCUGCUUUUAUGGAAAAAAACAAUACAGUGUUAUAUAAAAAGCAAGUAGUUUGCUUUCAACUUCUUUAUUCAAAGCCACAAAUUUCCACUGUUCAGAAAGUGCAAAGAUACAAUUUGGAAUUUUCCUGAAAGAACUAAAAAAGUACUAGAGACUAACUUUGGUGCAGUAACCAAAAAGAAAAGUCAAAUCUAGCACUAACAGUUUUAUAAAAACAUGAUAAAAAAAAAGUGUUAAAUCAGCAGAAAAAUGGAUGCAAAGAAGAUAAAAUGCUGCAUCUCCUUAAAAAAUCGAGUGCUACAAAAGUAGGUACCAUCGUAUCGGCUCCUAAUUCAACAAAUGCAAAUGGCAAUGAAAAGAGAAAAGAUUUACCUAUUCAGAAAUUCCCUUCUGUUCAUUCAUUAAGAAAAUGGAUUAUUCAAAAAUUAGCCGUAAGACCUUAUGAGAAAUCAGAAAUUGAACAACACUUUUGUAUAAAAGAUGAUGAUGGGAAGCGGACAUUGAAUAUCAUAUGGAAUGAAGUCACAUACAUGAGGGACGGAAUAACUUCUCUGAAAUCCGAUUUAUGGAAGGAAGUUGAAGCUAACUGGUUCUUUUAUUCACCAGAAGAUGCUGCAAUUGUUCAAAAAAGCAUUCUCUUGUGGAUGAUGAGGUCAUUGCCAGUUCUAUGCCUAUUCAAAAGAAGCAGAAGAAAAUUAACACUAAAGAAGAAAAACAAGCAACCUCCAAGACCAUUUUGUGUUGAUUUGGGAAGAAAAGUUAAGCGGGGAAUAUGUCUUUUGGAAGAAUAUACAAAACAGUGGGGUGAUUGUCAUGCGAAAUUAAAACACUUAAAAUCUCAUAUUCUUGACUUUGACCUGGAACAACUAUUGGGUUGGCAACUAAGUAAUUGCGGAUUUCACCCAUAGAUGGCUUCAGUUGAAUUUUUAGGUUUGCAGACAUAGUACAAAUGUAAUCUGAAUGAUCCUUGCUAAUUUCCUUAUCGAAGGAAUAUGGAUUGCCAUGUUCUCUUUUCUUUGAACAUUCUUCAUGCCAUCUGUAAUUUGGUGUUUUUUCUUGCACCAAACUUUUUCCUGUUGUUUUUAUUUUGUAAUAGAACUUACGUUCUAAAUGAAAAUCAUCAUUACUGCUUCAUUUGUAAUUAUUACACUUUUCCAUUAAUGAUGAGUGCUGCUUGCUAAAACAGUAUUUUUUCCUCCAUAAUCAUCAUGAAUUACAUUUUCCAUGCCUCUUAUAUAUAAAACAUAUGCUAACAAGAUGUAAUAAUUUUCUUUGUGAAUUCUUCCAUAUACUUGGAAGCUAAAUAUCAUUUCUACAACUUCAAUUUCUUUAUAAAAUUGAGCUUAGAAUGACUCGAGUGGAAUAUUUUUUAUCUUAAUUUUUUUCUUCUUUUUUUUUGCAAAUGAUUCUUAAUAUAUAUAUAUAUAUAUAUUUCAAUAAUAAUUGUCAUACUACAAUCGAAGUUUCUUUUUACCCUACCUUGAAUGAAGUACGAAAUGAAAAAACAUUCUUUAAUAUGUUAUGUAUUAUAUUUUGAUCAAAUUACUGUUGUUUUAGCAAUGCAUAUUAACUCUAGAAAUGUAAAUCAUAAUUUUCCUUUUUGAUUUGUAGCAUAGAAAAAUAUGAAUAAAUAAAGUAUCUAAUUGUCUUUUCCAUAGUUAGUAAAUUUUCAUUGUGAUUGUGAUGUAUUGGUUUUUGUUUGCGUGCUUAGUUAGUUUUAGUUAUGUUUUCUGAAACUUGUACGCAUUGUCGUCAUUUUUGUGAACCAGCCUGAGUGUUUGUUGAAAUUGUUAAAUUUCAUGUGGUGAUGUAGUUAGAGUAAAUUGUGCUCAGGAUGUGAUAUUAUUUUUUCUCUCUUCAUUGUAUUUAAGUUUAUAACAGGCAUAUUGAUGCUAAUAUUUUAUCUUCAUGGUGUCUUAUAAAACUGGGACCUGCUUCAUGUAUACCUUCGUUUCCCCUCUCCCAUUCGCUACACCACGGACUUCAUUAUGUCUAUUUGCAAAAUGGGGUUUAUGCACAUUUGUUUGUAUUUUGAAUAUAUCUGUGUCAAUUCUAAUUGAUAGGCUAUUGUUUUAAGAUGAUAUUGUCAUACUAACUUACAUUAUAUAUAUUGUCUAUAAAGGACUUAUAUUAUUGACUAUGUUCUGCCCUGAAUGUAGUAUGAACUAUUUUGUUAUCUGUUAGUUUUGUAAUUUUUUUGUCUCAAAGAAUUUGUUAAAAAAAUGCAUUUAUAUAUUUUUUGAUUUACUUGCUUCUGUGC